AUGAAGACGAGCCGCCGCGGCCGAGCGCUCCUGGCCGUAGCCCUGAACCUGCUGGCGCUGCUCUUCGCCACCACCGCUUUCCUCACCACGUACUGGUGCCAGGGCACGCAGCGGGUGCCCAAGCCGGGCUGCGGCCAGGGCACGGGCGCCAACUGCCCCAACUCGGGCGCCAACGCCACGGCCAACGGCACGGCCGCCCCCGCCACCGCCGCCGCCCCAGGGAGCGGAGCCCCCGGCGGUGGGCUGUACAGCUGGGAGACAGGAGACGACCGCUUCCUCUUCAGGAAUUUCCACACCGGCAUCUGGUACUCGUGUGAGGAGGAGCUGGGCGGGCUCGGUGAAAAAUGUCGCAGCUUCAUUGACCUGGCCCCAGCAUCGGAGAAAGGGGUCCUGUGGCUGUCGGUGGUCUCCGAGGUGCUCUAUAUUCUCCUGUUGGUUGUUGGCUUCAGCCUCAUGUGUCUCGAGCUCUUCCACUCCAGCAACGUCAUUGAUGGGCUCAAACUCAACGCCUUCGCAGCUGUCUUCACGGUGCUCUCUGGCCUCCUGGGAAUGGUUGCUCACAUGAUGUACACACAGGUGUUUCAGGUCACCGUGAGCCUCGGCCCUGAAGACUGGAGACCCCAUUCCUGGGACUAUGGGUGGUCCUUCUGCCUGGCAUGGGGCUCCUUUACCUGCUGCAUGGCAGCCUCUGUCACCACGCUCAACUCCUACACCAAGACUGUCAUUGAGUUCCGGCACAAGCGCAAGGUCUUUGAGCAGAGCUACCGGGAGGAGUCAACCUUCAUAGAACCUGAGGCCAUCAAGUACUUCCGGGAGAGGAUUGAGAAGGGAGAUGGGAGCGAGGAGGAAGACUUUCGCGUAGAUUGCCGCCACGAGAGAUACCCCACCCGACACCAGCUACACAUGGGGGACUCCUGGCCCCGGACUUCUGCACAGGAAGCACCAGAGCUGAACCGCCAGUGCUGGGUCCUUGGGCACUGGGUGUGA